CAAACAUCAAUUGUUUCAGAAGAUUCGUUUUACUUCACAACAAAAUAUUAAUCAACAAAAAUGAAAGUUGUUUUAUUAAGUUGUUUAUUGAUGAUCACCAUCACAACAGGUAGUGCAUUAAAAUGUUGGUUGUGUAUGGGAUCUAUGGAAAGUGAUUGUUUCCACGGUGAACAAGUUUCAAUGACAAUUCAAGAUUGUGAUUUGAACGGCGCCAAAAUCGUACCUUUACCAGAAAAUGAUGCCCGGGUCGCUACAGUUCAAAAAUGCGUCGAUUUUGUCAGCAUAAUUUCUGGAACUGAAGUAUUAACCAGAGGAUGUGGAUGGAUCUACGAAAACGUUGAUAUUUGCGAAUAUAUGGAUCCCCUUACAAGCUUGGUAAAUUGCAAAUCUUGCGAUGAAGACUUAUGUAAUGCAUAUCCGUUAAUUAAUUAAUUAUUAGUAUUUACUUGGUUUAAUAACUUGAAAUCGAUUUUAUUACAAUAAUAUACACAAGAUGUUAUAUAAUUGUUACUAUUUACUUGGUUUAAUAACUUGAAAUUGAUUUCUUUAUAUACUCUCACAAGAUGUUAUAUAAAUAAAAGUAAACGCCAAAAAUAA